AGGUUCUUCUGGACCUUGCUGUGUGACCUUGGGCUAGUACUGCCCCUCUCUGAGCCUUAACUAUCUUCAUCAACUGAGUAUAGAGGUGGUCCAGCUCCUGCCUCCCUCCCCCCUCAGUACUGAGAGUACACACACCUAGCACCACGAAGCCUGGCAGUCUUUUUGCGGAGAAACCCCAGUCCCAGUCUGGGCUGGGCAGUGGUGCUGUGGCAUAAGGAAAGGAGAGAUGGGACCCAAUGGGAGUACAUAUCGAGGAUCCAGAGGCUGUCUGGUCGUUUUAGUGUCCCGGAAUUUGGGACCCUUGACACCCUUGCAGAUUGGAGAACCGAAGCUUAAGCUCUUGCCCUCCCUCCUAGAAAGUCUGGGUUGGGAGUGGGGUCUGCUGGGUCAGCAGAGGUUAGUGAGGGCCAGUUUUGUAGGCAGGGGUGAGUGUGGCCAAUCCAAGAGGUGGGACAAUGCUCUUUCGUCUUCCAUUCCUCUUCAGUAAUAGGGCACUUGCCUGUCCCCAACAAAACCCUUGCUCCUUUCUUUCCAGGACCCAGACAAGGCCUCCUAGAGGGAAGGUACUGUCUGGGGCUGCCUUGGUCACACAGUAAGUUAAAAAUCUGACAAUCUGCAGCUCAGAGACCCAAGGGGCAAAAGGUGCCCCCUGGAAGCCCUGGCACCCAUGGGAGUCAAGGUAUUGGGUGUGAAUGCCAGGGACUGAGAGAAGAUAAAUUUCUCCAUCCCUAGUUCAGGGCAGGAAUCUGUAGAUCCUCCCUCCUCUUUUGAGGAGAUCCGGGAACAGCUGACCUAGGGGCUAGCCAGGACCAGCAUUUUAUUCUGCUUUUCUGCUUGGCUUGUGUGGAUCAUUUCUGGAAUGGCUAACGUCUCUUUCUAGUCUAGUCGUCUCUGUGGGGUGUCUCACAGCUGUUCAAGGGUUGUGGACAUUAGAGACCAGGCCCAGGCAGAGGAGGGGCAGGGGCUGUACUCAAGGUUAAGCCUGUCUCUGGAAGCUACUUUUCUGGUCACAUCCUUGAUUUUAUCUCAUCUCGUGUUGUUGUCACAUGUCUCUCCUCAAUAGCUAGGCACACCUUCAUGGCCACUGUACUUAGGUACACUCCUAUCCUGGGCACUGUGUACAGAACACGAUUGGUCCACUUCCUACAGCAUCAGCCCCUAGCCAGAAAACCGAGGUCCUCCUCCAGCUUCAGCACCCAAGGAACUGGGCCCGGGUGUGUGUCAGAGCGCUUCCCUGCUCCCUGCGCCCAGCAGCCUCGGGCCGUCAUGGACAAGAUCCUGGAGGCGGUGGUGACUUCAUCGUACCCUGCAAGCGUGAAGCAAGGGCUGGUGCGGCGAGUGCUGGAGGCUCGCGCGCAGCCCGCCGCCAUCCUCCCCUGCCUCAAGGAACUGUUCGCUGUCAUCUCCUGCACAGAGGAGGAGCCACCAUCCAGCGCCUUGGCCAGUGUGGUCCAGCACCUUCCACUGGAGCUCAUGGAUGGUGUGGUUCGGAACCUCAGCAAUGAUGACAGUGUGACAGACUCCCAGAUGCUGACCGCCAUUAGCAGGAUGAUCGACUGGGUGUCCUGGCCCCUGGGGAAGAACAUUGACAAGUGGAUCAUUGCCCUUCUGAAGGGCCUGGCUGCUGUUAAGAAGUUCAGCAUCUUGAUCGAGGUUUCGCUCGCCAAAAUUGAGAAGGUCUUCUCUAAGCUGCUGUACCCCAUUGUUCGGGGAGCUGCCCUGUCUGUCCUCAAGUACAUGCUCCUGACUUUCCAGCACUCCCACGAAGCCUUCCACCUGCUCCUCCCUCACAUUCCUCCCAUGGUGGCCUCUCUGGUCAAGGAGGACUCGAACUCUGGGACCAGCUGCCUAGAGCAGCUGGCAGAGCUGGUGCACUGCAUGGUGUUUCGGUUCCCUGGCUUCCCAGACCUGUAUGAGCCUGUCAUGGAAGCCAUUAAGGACCUCCACAUUCCCAAUGAAGACCGAAUCAAGCAGUUGCUGGGGCAGGAUGCCUGGACCUCACAGAAGAGUGAACUGGCUGGCUUCUAUCCCCGGCUCAUGGCCAAAUCAGACACGGGCAAGAUUGGCUUAAUCAACUUGGGCAAUACAUGCUAUGUGAACAGUGUCCUUCAGGCCUUAUUCAUGGCUUCCGACUUUCGACAUUGUGUGCUCCGCCUGACUGAGAACAACUCACAGCCCCUGAUGACCAAGCUGCAGUGGCUCUUUGCCUUCCUGGAGCACAGUCAGAGGCCAGCCAUCUCUCCUGAGAACUUCCUCUCUGCAUCCUGGACUCCCUGGUUCAGCCCUGGGACCCAGCAGGACUGCUCAGAGUAUCUGAAGUAUCUACUGGAUCGGCUUCAUGAAGAGGAAAAAACUGGGACGAGGAUCUGUCAGAAGCUCAAGCAGUCCAGCUUGCCCUCCCCACCGGAAGAACUCCCUAGUUCCAAUGCAACAUCUGUGGAGAAAAUGUUUGGAGGCAAGAUCGUGACUCGGAUAUGCUGUCUUCACUGCCUCAAUGUUUCCUCUAGGGAGGAGGCCUUUACAGACCUCUCUCUGGCCUUCCCUCCUCCUGAGCGAUGUCGUCACCGCCGCCUGGGCUCUGUGAUGCUCCCAACAGAGGAUGUGCGAGCACAGGAGCUAGCCCUGGCUCCCAGAGCGCCAGGGGCACAGAGGCAGAGGAAGCACUGUGUCACGGGGGAUGCUCCCUGCACUGGGCUAGAUAUAGAAGGUCUGGGCACCAUAGGUUCCGGUGGACAGAGUGGGCAGGAGGAGAAGGUGGAGAGGGAGCAGGCCGGGAAGGAGAAGGCAGCAACAGAGGAGGAGCAGGAGGAGGAGGAAGGAGCAAGAGAAGAGAAAGAGGAGGGGGAAGAGAAGGAGAAAGAGAAGGAAGACGAAAAGGAAGCUGAGAACGGCAAGGAGAAGGAGGGGGACAGCUUGGGACCAGGGACCCACAGGGAUGCUGCCAUCCCGCCCAGGGAGCAGGUAUGUGGCCCUGAGGGUUCCCGCUCUGUACUAGACCUGGUCAACUACUUCCUGUCCCCUGAGAGGCUGACAGCUGAAAACCGCUACUACUGUGAGUCAUGCGCCUCUCUGCAGGAUGCAGAGAAGGUGGUGGAGCUGAGCCAGGGUCCACGUUACCUCAUCCUUACACUACUGCGCUUCUCCUUCGACCUGCGCACCAUGCGGCGCCGCAAGAUCCUGGAUGAUGUCACCAUCCCCCUCUUGCUGCGCCUGCCACUGGCUGGGGGUCAGGGUCAGGCCUAUGACCUCUGUAGUGUGGUGGUGCACUCUGGCGUAUCCUCAGAAAGUGGUCAUUAUUACUGCUACGCCCGUGAGGGUGCUGCCCGGCCGACCCCUGUCCUGGGAUCCACGGACAGGCCUGAGCCUGAGAACCAAUGGUACCUGUUCAAUGACACCCGGGUGUCCUUCUCAUCCUUCGAGUCUGUCAGCAAUGUCACCUCCUUUUUCCCUAAGGACACUGCCUAUGUGCUCUUCUACCGCCAGCGGCCCAGGGAGGGGUCCGAGGUUGAGCCUGGCUCUCCCAGAGUCCGAGCAGAGCCCACCCUCCACAAGGACCUGAUGGAGGCCAUUUCCAAAGACAAUGUCCUCUACCUGCAGGAGCAGGAGAAGGAGGCCCGGAGCAGGGCAGCUUAUAUCUCCACACUCCCUGCCCCUCCACACUGGGGCAGGGGCUUCGAUGAAGACAAAGAUGAAGAUGAAGGCUCUCCAGGGGGCUGCAACCCUGCAGGUGGCAAUGGUGACUUCCACAGACUGGUCUUCUAAAGGGAACUUGCUCCUGAGGGGUGUCACAGCCAACCUCAGAAUGGGCCAGUUCCUUCACCCAGCUCUUCCUCGAUAGGAGAAAAAGCACAGCUGAAGUCAAGCCCUUGCACCAAGAAGGGGACUGUGUUCCCUCUGCCUGACCUCUUGUUUCUUCAGGGGGUUCCUAAAACAAGGUAUGUGGGUGCCUUCACCCGCUGUGUUUCUGAGGCAUGUAGUGGAAGGCAGCAUAGCACAGCUCAGAGGUAAGAAUCUUAAAUCUUACCUUCCCCUCCCCUACCCCAAGCAAGCCACACUGGGAGAGCCCCUUCCUUCCUUCCCUAGCCUGCCUCAGUGCCUGAGAUGCUGCCAUUGCAUCCCUGUCUAGCUAAGGUCCAGAGUUCUUAUGUUACUGAAGACACUAGUCUGUCAGAAAGCCAUUGACAUUUGAGGAAGCUAGCUGGCUUGGCUCCUCUGCUAGAGUGUGAGGGCUGGGUGGGUAUGACCUGUGUAAUGCACCCAACCUCAUUGUGCCCUGAGACUACUAUAGCCCCUUCUCAGUGGAGAGAAGAAACCCGUGUUCUUAAAUAGGAAUAAAACUCGCUCCCCUGAA